GGGAGUGCUGCCAACUUGAUGUGUACAUGUCCAGGAGACGUCUCUACAUAGUAUAUAGUUGUGGAAGAGAGAGAGAGAGCUGAAAGAGCAACAGACAAGAGCAGCUCGAAGGGAGCAGUUCACGUCACGUGAUUUGGACGCCGUCGCUUUUCCUUGAUGCGCGCGCCAGCCAAUGGCUGCGGCAAAAAGACGGGCCAGCCCAGGAUUGGACGAGGGGGGAGGGCAAGCGUCGUCAGACGCCGUGGGAUCUCGUGCCAGCUGGAUUUUUCCGGGGUUCCUUUUAUUUUCUUUUUAUUUUAUUUUUUUUACACACGCUAUGCACGUCCCGCAGUCGAGCGCAGGACUCCUCCCACUUUUGAGCAUAUAGUUCACCAUGGUGGAAAUGGCUGGAGAGAAACUGGCGGCCGCGGUCAGGUCAAGACCGAACCGGUCACCAGUGAAACAGUAGCAGCAGCCGAGUGCGGCGACGCGGAGCUAUUAAAACUCGUCCUCUGUAGUGCGUGUGGAUGUUCAUAGUGCGACCAGAAAGUUUCUUUUUCCCCCAAAAACUCUUGUUCGUCUAUAUAGUAUUAUUAUUCUGGUGACUGGUAAAGACUUCUUCUUUUUUUCGGGGGGACCCUUUCUUUCUAUUUGUGUCGGAUGAGAGGGCAAAGGGGGCUGCAUUCCGAUUCGGCCCGGCAGUUCUCGUAGAUCGCUCCUCGGUUGAGUCUGCCCAAAUAGGAGUGCCUCCUCUUUUUCUCUCUGGUUGAGACGUGCGGUUUUUUUUCCCCUUCUUCACAGACUCUUGACUCUAUUCAUCAUCGCGAAACCAAACGGACAAAGUGCCAUCCUAUAUACCAAACUGAUUGUGUCCUCCUAGUGCCAAAGGAGGAAAGAAAACGGCUCAAUUCAACGGCUAAUCAAAAGGGGCUGGACAUGUCGAUCCUAUGCCUAUAGCCUACUGGUUUCUUCUUCUUUUUUUGGCAGCCAAAACCCAUCCAUUGUCGUUGGUUGUUUUUUUUUUUUCUUCUUUCUGGUUUUGAGGGGGUUGGUUCUUGGCCGGAUCGAGAGACAUCACAAAGUUCGACCCCGAGUCUUCCAUUUCGAUUUGGUUCAUUCGCUGUCAAAUCAUCCGGCCGAUCGUUGGCUCGUUUCGGUCCCUCUUUACAAGUGACAGAACUCGAAUUUGAACUGAGAAAAAAAGUGUUGAAUUUUCAAAAAGAGAAGCUGGCGAAAUCGUUGGCCGCUUCCGCUUCCAUCGUGGAGUCACCGCCGAGUUUCGCGACGUUCUUCCCGUUCGGCCGGCCUCCAGCCCCGCCUCAUCAGUCGACGCCGACCGGCGCUCCGGCUACCACCAUGGAUCUAACAACGGCCUACCGCUACAAUCAGAACAUGAUGGAGUAUUACACUUGUCAUGGCGGCGUCAACCAGUUGGGUGGCGUCUUCGUGAAUGGCCGCCCAUUGCCCGACGUUGUUCGCCAACGGAUCGUCGAACUCGCCCACAACGGAGUCCGGCCCUGCGACAUUUCCCGCCAGCUACGAGUCUCCCACGGCUGCGUCUCCAAGAUACUAUCCAGAUACUACGAAACUGGCAGCUUCAAGGCGGGCGUGAUUGGCGGGAGCAAACCCAAGGUGGCCACGCCCCACGUCGUCGACGCCAUCGCCGACUACAAGAGAGAGAAUCCCACCAUGUUCGCCUGGGAGAUACGAGACCGGCUCCUGGCCGAAGGCAUUUGCAACCAGGAGAAUGUUCCCAGCGUCAGCUCCAUUAACAGGAUUGUGAGGAAUAAAGCGGCGGAGAAAGCCAAAUCGGUCAGCCACCAUGGACACGGUGGACACGGUCACGGACACGGAGGUCACGGGGGUCACGGCGGCAACAGCGGAGGAGGCAGCAAUAGUGGGCCGGUUAGCCCAGUCUCGUCUCAAACGGCCUCGGUCAUCACUCACGGAUCGACGGCCUCGACUGGCAACAACCAACACCAGCAGCAACAACAACAGCAGCAGCAGCAUGCCAUGCAACAACAGCAGCAUGUCUUGCCGCCGCACGACUCGCCUCACCAGCGGCCCGGCUCCUACAGCAUCAACGGAAUCCUUGGAAUCCCGCAGACGGACCCCAACGGCAACAUCAAACGGAAGCGAGACGAUCACGACGAUAUCCGCGAGCUCAAUGGCCACGCCAACCAAGACGACGAGAUCAAACGCCAGCGGCUGCACUACGGAAGCGAUCAACUCUACAGCAUGUGGCCGACCAAGUGGGGCUCAAGUCUGAAGGACGACAAACUCCUGCCGGACAUUGGCAGCGUGACGGGAGUGGUUAGCUCACCGACGGGCGGCAAUAACGUCAGCGGAUCGCCUUACUCUCUGCCCAGUUUCGUGUCGGAUCACCAACAGCAACAGCAACAUCAACAGCAACACGGCGGCGUGGGACAGCAGCAGACGGGCAACGUGACUGGCAGCGGCCAAAACCAGAACGGCGCCGGCAAUAACGGCGGACCUGGCAACAACCCCAACGCCUUCAACGGCGCUGUGACGUCGAGCAGUUCGGGCGAUCCUCUCUACGACACCAUCAGCACGAUGACGCAAGCUCAGAGCACGUCCAUCUACACUCCACCGCUGGGCACAUCACUCGGCAGUGGCUCUUUGACACCUUUGACGCCCAUCAGCAUGCAGGACAUAAAGGCUCACAUGCUGACGCCCAACGGCGUCGACACGUCGCUCCAGUACCAACAAGACGGCAUCGGUGGUCUUUCGGUCUGCACUGCAGGUACUGGCGGGUACGCUAGUUCUGGGCUUGCUGGGCCAGUCGGGCUCGGUGGUGGCGCUGGGCACCACCACCACCUGCUGGCUCACAACUCUUCCCCGUUGCCGGGCAGCACUUGCCUGAUCCAGCAUCAACAACAGCACCAAUGCACGACGACUACGACAGGCUCUUCGUCAAUGUCGGACGACGGCCACAAUGGCCACCAUCACAUGGACAUGGACAUGGAUCAAGCGGCCUCUCACGGCUUUUGUGCCGCCGUCUACCGGACGAUGGCACAGACGCCGAUCGAGUCGCCUCCCCAGCACCACCAACACCAUCACCACAACAACAACAAUCACCACCACCACCACAACCUGCAGCAGAGCAUCGGCGAGCACGAGGAGCAGGAGAAGGCGGGACGGACUCUCUUGUCCUCGCCUCCUCCGGCUGCCUCCGCCCCGAUUGCCUCCUCCCGUUCCGCCUCCGCUCUCACGCUGCUCCAGCCCAUUGCGGCGGCCGUGGCAGCGGCGGCGGCGGCGUCUUACACUUUACCCAGUCUCAUGGCACCUUACCCAACCACCACAGCUGCAGUGGGUGGAGGCGGCGUCGGUGUAGGCGGUGGAGUCAUGCCCGGUUCCGAGUAUUCCUACACGUCACAUCACUACAGCCAGUACGCUCCGUCGCCCUACGGCAGCUACGGAUACAGCGCCGGCACCGGAGGACUCCUCACCAAGUGACCUGACAUGCCGACAUACGAUCCAACAUCCGGACCGUUGUGAGAUUGGUCCCCAAGUCCAAUCAAAUUCAAAUCUAGAAGCGGUUGCUUGCUAUUUUAGUUCCGACUCGGACAAAAAAGCAAAGCGAAAUCUGGCAGUCUAAACCCCAAAGUUCAACUUAAAUCACCUAAAUCCAGUUACAUCCUUAAUUGACAAAGAAAGCUCCUGUAUAACCCCCUCCCCCCACCACAAAAGCCAAUGUCCUUUUCGUUUUCCCGUUUUUUUGUGCGUGUACAACAAACCCUCUAUAAGAUAAAGACAAAAAAAAAGGAAUGAAGUGAUUGAUGGCCUGAUGACGUAAUUUUCACUGGAUCAAGUGAAGUGACAAUCACGCGUCGUCAAUCACAUCUGGAAAAAAAACGGCGUCGGUUUUGUAGUUUUUCGACGCGUCCCCUAGUCCCCACCGAGCUGAGCCUUAAAAUAUGAUGUCUAUCACACACACACACACACACAUAUAUACACACACACCUGAUGAUUGUCGUCAAUUUCUGAUGGAGAAAUCACUACGAUUUUUUAAAUCAUGUCAUUCAUUUCGUGAAAUUCGCAACCACAAAUUUCUAAAUUCAUCCACACGAUUCAAACCCAACAAAUUACUAGUUUUAUUUCAAGUGAAUGAGGUCUGGCGAUCUCAAAAAUUUAAGCAAAAGAAAGAAAAACAAAAACCUCUAGGAGAUUAAAUGCUGAUGGAUUUUUAAAAUAGUAAAAUGGGGAAAAAAGGGAUUGGAGCAGGAAAGGGUCUUGAUCACGUUCAUCGUCAUUGAAUUGGUUUUUAUCGGGAUCGGAAGAAAUCGUCUCUUUGUUAGUGAGCAUGCAAAACAAUGUGUACGUGUGCGAGUUGUGUUGGUUUCACGGAUCGUGCGGGAGAUUGGUGGACGGGAUAGUAAAAAAAUGUCGUUCAACGGAUCUCGAAAAUUCAGUUUCUUUUCCCCUUUUAGUUUUAUUAUGUUAUUUGACCCUCCUUCUUUUGAUUUAUUCGUUGAAUUGUGGAGAUAAUGCAUCUCCCUUUCGACACUAUUAUCACCUUUUCUUUGGGUUUUUUCUUAUUUUUCUCGAUUGUUUUGAUACCAAAGAGGUCGUUUGCAAUAUCUCCCCCCUAAAUUUUGUAUACAUCUCUCUAAUAGGCUUCAAGUUUUUAUAUUGUGCAUAAUCAUUUUUUAAACACCUUUUUUUCAUCGGCUCUCCUUUAUUUAGAUAUACAUACUAUAUUAUACAUAAAAAUAAGAAUCAAUUCUAAUUUGAUGAAAAUGACAAAAAAAAGUGACUAUAGAAAUCAUAUUCGGUUUUCUCCUUCUCAUUAUUUUCUUUUGAAGUUUUUUUUUUUCUAUUUUUGAGUUUUUUGGCGGAAAAUGUCGCGCGUCUCAUUUGAAAAUUCAAGUUGGCGGACGGGUUUGUCUAUCUCAUCAUUAUCUCACCUCUCGUUAUUUGAAGUUGACUUGCUUCUAUUUUUUAGAUUCGAUUCCUCCUCAAAUGCCGAUUUGUUUGUUUUCUCUCUUUAUUCGUUUCUCCAUACUUGUGCGUGUGAAAGUGAAAAGAAUUUGAGAAAUUCCGGUUUUCCCUUUUUAUUUUUUAUUUUUUGGGGUUUGUGUAUUUGUGUCUCCUUUCUCUACAUAUUCAAUUUUAUUACAUUACUAUAUACAGUACAUAUUACAGUAUAUUAUUAUUAUCAUGAUUUAUCCCAUCAGCGGCAGGUUGUGUGUAUGUGUUGCGUUUAUUACAUGCCCAGCAUCAUCACCUUUUCAAUUAUGCGAAAAGAAAAUUUGAAAACGUUUGCGCGCGUGUAAAACUCGAAAAAAUUAUGCCCGUGUAUUACUAUCCCAUGAUACCGCUGCUGUGUAUGUGCGUGCGUGCGUGUGUGUGUGUGUGUGUGUGUGAGUUUGUGUAGCUGGCGUAGCCCUCAAAUAAAAAACAGUGGAAUAACG